UAUUCCAAAGAAAACUUGACGUAAACAAACCAAAAAUAUACAAAAAAAUUUGUUGUUCAUAAUCACUUCGCUCCCCACUUUUGGCUAAGAUAUUUUCGCAACGAAAAAGGAGAAGAAAUACCUAAAUUCCUGGUGAUUGAGAAAAAUUUCCUGUGCAACACUUUAGGAUUAAGUUGGAAAUUCAAUAGCUACCUGCCAUGCAAUUCUUCAAAAAUGCCCGACGAAAAAUUUUCAAUGCCUCUACCCUAAAAACCGAAAUCCCCCAUAACCCCCACCCCUCUGGGGGUGGCCAAAAAUCCAUAAAUGAUGUACAAACUGUGAUAAUUGGAGCUGGAUUGGCUGGCCUGUCGGCAGCUUCGCAUCUCAUCAAAAAUGGCUUCAAACGCACCAUCAUACUCGAGGCAACCGAUCGUUAUGGUGGCCGCAUAAAUUCCAAGCACUUCGGUGAUGCUUUCUGUGAGCUGGGAGCCAAGUGGAUAAGUAUUGAUGCAUCCCACAACACAGUCUAUGAGUUGUUACAGCAACGCUCUGGCCUGCCCAAGAAAAUACAACAAAAAGAGGAGACGCUGUAUGUGAAUACCAAGGGGGCGAAAAUCAACAAACAACUACCCGAACUGGUGGACAUAUUCUUUAAGAAGCUCUGUGCCGGGGUGGAGUUGAAAAAUCGCUAUGCCAAGGGAAAUCUCCAUGAGCUGGACAAUGUCUAUAGUUACUUUCAGGCGGAAAGUGCCAAGAUCAUCAAUGCCAUGUUCAAGGAAAAGGAACGUCUGCUUGUGGCAGAUAUUUUCAAUGCCCUGAUGAAGGACUUUGGCGGCAAAUUGGGUUGUAAUUUGGAGUAUUUGAAUAUUGAACAGUUGAUUAAAUUUAAAAAUCAGUUUGCCUAUCCGAUUUACAUACCGACCGGGAUGAACAGUAUUCUCGAUGAUGUGAUAAUCAAUAUUGAUAGUGAUAAUUUACUAAUUGGCCGUCCGGUGGGAGAAAUCAAAUGGUUGAGUAAUGGCUCGAUGAGCAGGGAUACCAAAAAGAGUGUAAAUUGCCUGGAUGGUUCGGUGAUAAAUGCCGAUCACAUAAUUUGCACUGUACCCCUGGGGGUAUUGAAAACAUUUGCCGGUCUAAUGUUUAAACCCCCGCUGCCAGCUGAGAAGCUAAAUGCCAUAAGGAAUCUGGGUUUUGGUAGUCCUGUGAAAAUCUAUUUUGAAUACAAAAACCCCUUGCCCGAAUGGUUUUCGACCAACUUACGACCCUUAUGGUCGUCGGAGGAACAUUUGCAGGAUCGCCAUUGGACGAAACAGGUGGUUGAGAUCUCAAAGGCACCCAGUAGCAAUCAUGUUCUGGAAAUCACCAUUGGUGGGGCAUACUAUGAUGAAAUUGAAAAAUUACCCGACACUGAGGUAAUUGAUGAAAUAACCAAAUUACUGAGGCUGUGUUUAAAAAAUCCAAAGAUACCCUUUCCUGCUGAAGUGCUGCGUUCCAAAUGGAGCAGUAGUGCCUGUUAUCUGGGUGGACGUCCGUACUUUUCAACGAACAGUAGUGCCCAGGACAUACAAACGCUUUCGAAACCCUUGGGCAUAACGCCAAGUUUACUCUUUGCCGGCGAUGCCACAAUUUUGAAUGGUUUCGGUACAGUGGAUGGGGCCCGAAUGAGUGGCAUACGAGAGGCUCAACGCAUUAUUGAUUACUAUAAGAAAUAGUAUGGGUUGUAUUACGAAUGAAAAUGAGAAAUUUUUAAAAUUAUGUAGAUACGAAAUUAAUUUUACGAUUGACGAUAAUUUAUUGAUAAUAAUUAAGAAUUAAAUAAAACAAAAUGGCUAUGAUAUUGAAAAGA